AUGGCCAAUCAAGAAAUGAAAGGCAAAUCAACAGAAUUAGUAGAAAUGAAAGGAGCAAGAAGAAAACUUUUCAUGUGCCAAUACUGUGACAAAGCUUUCACAAGCUCACAAGCUCUUGGUGGCCAUCAGAAUGGCCAUAGAAACGAGCGAGAGAUUGCUAAAAAGACCAAACAGGAGAUUGAAAUUCAUGGUAUACAAAAUCCAUUUGUUUCAAUGCCGACAACUUUGUUACACAAUACUCGUCAAGGAAACUUGUGCCUUCCAUUAUACUCGCCAUAUCACACUACGCCUGCACCUACAAAUUAUCAUCCUUUUCAUAUCGCAAAAUACCUCUACAGUACUCAUGGAGCAACAAGUCAUGGACAAAGGUUCUCUUCGGAGUAUUCUUUUAAUGGUUCUUCUAAUGAUAGAGCAAUGCUAAUAAAUGAAGAGCAUUUGAAGUUUCUGAACUGGAAAAGAAACUAUCGCCUUCAGCUUAAUGCAUGUUCAGAGAUAAGGCCUAAUACAAUGCAAGCAAGCAAGGCAGAACCAUCAUCCUCGACAAACAUAAACCAAAACCUUCAACAAGAUGGCAAUAAGGUCAAAGAUGGCAGAGAUAACAAGGAAAGAAAGAUUGACCUCACACUCCAUCUUUAA